AAGACCAUGAAUCCAGAGACUGCCUAUAAAAGCCAGGGCCAAUCUGCUCUGUCAAACGCUCUGUGGGCUUCCUUGACUCAGAUAGUGCAAGAAGAUGGCAGACACAAGACCCCAGAUGGAAAAACACUUAGAAACCAUCGUCGACGUUUUCCACCAGUACUCUAACCGGCAGGGGAACCGAGACACCCUGAACAAGAAGGAAUUCAAACAGCUGGUGAAAAAGGAGCUGCAAAACUUCCUCAAGAAGGAGAAUCGGGAUGAAAAAGAAAUAAAUGAAAUCCUGGAGGACCUGGAUACUAACCAGGACCAGACGCUGGACUUCAAUGAGUUUGCCAUCCUGAUCGCAAGGCUGAUCAACGCCUCCCAUGAAGAGAUGCACAAGAAUGCCCACGGGGAAGGCCACAGCCACGGACCAGGCCUUGGGGGGGGUUGCCAGGGCUCUGGCCGUGGUCAAGCUCAAGGUCCUGGCCAUGGACAUGGACAUAGCCAUGGUCAUGGCCAUGGUCACGGCCACUAAUCAAUGAGGCAGGCCACUCUGCACCUGUCCAACUAGAGCCAUGGGGAAUGUCAUGUCAGAUCACCUUGGCUGUGGGGAGGGAAGAUGAAAGAAAAUAAAGUCUUUCUCUAUACCA